AUGUUGUCCUCACGCCAGCUUCUCCCUUUGCUCAGCUCACUGGGUAACUCUCGAUGGACCCUGAUUCGGACGCUUCGUAGCGAUAACCCUCUUGAUCUGAACGGGGAGCUGCGCGGCACCGCCGCUUUCACGCCGUUACCCUCUUCCGCCGAGCGCGAUUGGCUCUACAGCGAGGAGGGCGAGAUCCCUUCAGCGGUUACGGGAGGAGCCGCGCAACCAGGCCUGCGGUGGACCAAAAAGUACAUCUGGCGAGAGUCAGAGGACGCCGGGCGAAUCAGUGUCUGGUUUGUCAAGGUUGCGCCGGGUCCGGAAGAGGCCGAUUACCUGUUUCACACCUUUGACUUUGCCGACGCCACAUAUCAGGGCCAAGGAUCCCAUGAAACCGAGGCCAAUCCAGCUGCCAGGAAAAGCGAUGUAGCUGAGAGGGAUAGUGACGGGGAAUUGGUGACUCCUCCUCUUCCACCUAAAAGCGGCCUCGACGAGACGGAGACCACUGUCUUGACGGCCCAAGGCAACCAUCUCUGCAUCAAUGAUAUGUAUCGAACUGCGUAUGCUUUUCGAAUUCGCUCCCAGACAGGCGAGGUGGUGAGCUGGGCCAGUCGCCAUGUGGUUCGAGGUCCUAAAAAGAAUCAAGACAUUAUCAAUCGCUACGAGAGAGCUUGA